AGAGCAGAGGCACGGCCCAGCGCCUGCGGUGCGGGACAGGAAAAGGUGACCAGGAUGCUGUGGCAUGGGAAGCCCUGGAGGUCCAUGUGCAAGGGGCUGGUCCUGGGGACCCUCCUGACCAGCUUCAUGUUGCUGCUCUACUCCUACGCCGUCCCCCCGCUGCAAGUCAGCGUCACUGAGAUCCCCGUGCCCUUCUCCUGCUCCUCCCACCUGGCCCAGCCUCCAUCCCUGUCCAACAGCUCGGGCAGCGCCUCGGGGUGGAGCUGCCGGCCCAAGCUCAACGUCAUGUUCAUGAAGACCCACAAGACCGCCAGCAGCACCAUCCUCAACAUCCUCUUCCGCUUCGGGGAGAAGCACCGCCUGAAAUUCGCCUUCCCCAACGGCCGCAACGACUUCUACUACCCGUCCUUCUUCGAGCGCAGCCAGGUGCAGCACUACCGGCCCGGGGUGUGUUUCAACAUCAUCUGCAACCACAUGCGCUUCCACUACGAGGAGGUGCGCAAGCUCCUGCCGCCCGACGCCACCUUCGUCACCGUGCUGCGGGACCCCGCGUACCUCUUCGAGUCCUCCUUCCACUACUUCGGGCCCGUCAUCCCCCUCACCUGGAAGAUCACCGGGGAGGACAAGCUGGACGAGUUCCUCCGGGACCCCCAGCACUACUACGACCCCAACGGGUUCAACGCUCACUACCUCCAAAACCUCCUGUUCUUCGACUUCGGCUACGACAGCAGCAUGGACGCCAACAGCCCGCUGGUGGAGGAGCACAUCCGGGAGAUCGACCGCCGCUUCCACCUCGUCAUGUUGCUCGAGUACUUUGAUGAGUCGCUGGUGCUGCUCAAGGACCUGCUGUGUUGGCAGCUGGAGGACGUCCUCUACUUCAAGCUCAACGCCCGCAAGGGCUCCACGGUGUCGCGGCUGACCCCGGAGCUGUACGAGCAGGCGACCGCCUGGAACCUGAUCGACGCCAAGCUCUACCGCUACUUCAAUGCCACCUUUUGGCGCAAGGUGGAGGCCUAUGGGAGGGAGAGGAUGGCCAGGGACGUGGCCGAGCUGCAGAGGGAGAACAAGAAGAUGACCAGCAUCUGCAUCGACGGGGGACACGCUGUGGACGCCAGUGCCAUCCAGGAGUCCUCCAUGCAGCCCUGGCAGCCCCUGGGGGAGAAGACCAUCCUGGGGUACAACUUGAAGAAGAAGAUCAGCAAGAAGCACCAGAAGCUGUGCCGUAAGAUGCUGACACCUGAAAUCCAGUACCUGACUGACCUGGGGGCCAACCUCUGGAUCACCAAGCUAUGGAGCCACGUGCGGGACUUCCUCAGGUGGUAGGGGCUGGCAGGUGCCCCGCUCCCCUGGGGAAAGAACCAGGUGCUUUCAUUUUUGUUACUCAUGGUUCUCUUGGUUUGGAACUGGCUGGAGGCUCUGGAGCCCAGGAACUUUUGGGGGGACCCUCCAUCACUUUCCUGCAGAGCCCCAGCUUGGGCAGGAGAGUGGAGACUCUGCCUCUGUCAGCGGGGUCAAGGACUGGGGGGUCCAGGGGUGGUGUUUUCCUGCAGGAUCCACUUCUUCCUUCCCCAUGGAAAAGCUGGAGGAGGGAUUUAUGAAGGAUGUGGCUUUGUCACAGCAAGUGCAGGACAUCCAUCACCAGGUUGCUGGGUGCAGGCAGGGAUGUGCUGGGACAGAAGUGCUAGAGGGUUUCCCUUGCCCGGGGUGGGCAGAGAUGCCCACAGGGAACCCAGCCCUCCAGGAGCUCCUCAAAUCACCCCACUGAGCCCUGGUUUUGGGGUGUGGGAAUGUCAGAACCUGCUGCACUGCCUCAGCCCUUCGAUGUGAUGAGUGCAGCAUGUUCUCAGCCCACCAACAGCUAGGCUGUGACCUAGAGGCACCCGGAGCCAUUUGGAGAUUGGAAAACCCAUCCCAAAAGCCCCGGCCUUUAUCAACAGGUCCCCAUGGCAAAGGGCACACCCUCACUGACCCCCUUCGUCCCAGUUAGAGGAGCCCGUGGCCCUGGUCCCCCCAGGGGACAUCCCAAAAGGCCAACAGGGUCUGGUGACAACUGGUGUGGGGAGGAGAUGGGAGCGGGGGCAGUGGGACUGUCCCCAUGAUGCCAUCCAGGGCUCGGUGAGGAUGCUGAGGGCAGGGGCCAUCCCCAGUGCCCACCCUGCCUUGGCGACAAACCUCGUGCGUCCCAGCUGGGCUGGAUGACACUGGUGACACCACGUCCCACUGAGAGUGGCCCUGGCUGGGCACAGAGGUGGCACCUGUGGCUGAGCCAUCCCCCAGCAAAGGGACCCCCAUUGUCCCCCUACCUGUGUUCAGCUCCUUCUGUAAAGACCAGAAAUAAAAAAAUAAUUUACUUUUGUAAUAUCAUUGUA